CCCGCCUCGCGAUCACAUAGAUCCCUAUGGUUCCCAGCGGCACUCCGUGGGACCGACUAUGAGACCGAAGAAGAGACGUAGAGGAAGAAGCGAAUAGAACUAGUGGGAGUCGGUGCCGCGGCAUCUAACAGGGUUGGAUCGUCGUCCAGACGUCAGUCGUGAAGAAGAUCUCGCACAAGGUUCGAGCCAUGCGGCCGUACCUCGUAAUCCUGAUCUUCCUCUCGAGCACGGUACUUGCGCGAUACCACGAAAAAACACGUUUUGAUCGAUCUAUUCACGAUAGAAAUGAAGUGAAAAACGCAAGUAAUGGUAAUUCCGACAAAAAAUCUUUUACCGAUGACGUAACGCAAUUCGUCGCAUACAAGAGCAAAAAGGAUAACGAUUGCUAUCUUGAGAAUAUAAAGCCGGAUGAAAAUAUACCGCGCAGGAAAUGGCAAACGAAGGUACUCUAUGCAUCGACAGCCCUUACAAAACUGGAGGCAUGGCGAUUCGCUGGAGGCCGUAUCGUUGAAUUUUGCAAUGGGCGAAGCUUCAUCUUGUUACAGCCAAAUAAACCUAUAUCCAUAGAAACUCUGGAUCCUUUCUUGAACGAAAUCCCAAUAGACGAGAACGACAUCUCGUCAAGACGAAUAGCCGAUGUGGUAUUAACGCCGCUGAUAAGUCGCACGAGAAGAGAAAUUCAGUUGGGGCAACGCGAGACGCUGAAUCAAAAAUUCGGCCGAUUCCGACGACGUCGACAGACAAGUCGGUUUCGAGGAAAGUUUCGUGGGCAAACGCAAUCUCAGUACUUGAAUGUUGGUGAUGGCGAGCAGAAGGAAGGCAAAGCGGAGGCUGAAUCUACUCAACAAUCUUCGCGCGCGGUAGUCACCGGUAGCCGCGGCAUGGGCCAAGCACAAAGUAUGUCAUCGGGUGGUACCGGUUGUGAAGAUUGUCCGGGAUAUCCUGGCAUCGAGAUUCCGGAUAAGUUACGAGUUCCAUCCGUCGGUAUCAUACGUCCUGGAACGGGCGUUCUACCAGGAGGCGUAUCUUAUCCUGGAGGUAUUACUCCAGGUGGAGUACCCGGAGCAAUUGGUACUUAUCCUGGCGUUCUUCCUGGAGCUAGACCAGGAAUUUAUCCUGGGAGUGUUCAGCCUGGCGUCGUAACGCCAGGAAGAGAUGGAACGUAUCCCGGAGGUCCCGUUCAGCCUGGAGUAGUAUGGCCAGGAGGUGAUGGAAUAUAUCCUGGAGGUGUUCGGCCUGGAAUUGUAACUCCUGGUGUUAUACAGCCUGGAACCGUCACACCAGGUGGCGAUGGAAUAUAUCCGGGAGGUGUCCGUCCUGGAGUAAUGAUACCAGGUGGCGAUGGAACAUAUCCAGGAGGUGUUCGUCCUGGAAUAGCGACACCAGGUGGCGAUGGAAUAUAUCCAGGAGGUGUUCGAAAUGGAGUAGUGGCACCAGGUGGCGAUGGAACAUAUCCAGGAGGUGUUCGUCCUGGUGUAGUGACACCAGGUGGCGAUGGGACAUACCCAGGAGGUGUUCGACCUGGAAUAGUGACACCGGGUGGCGAUGGGACAUAUCCAGAAGGUGUUCGUCCUGGAAUAAUGACACCAGGUGGCGAUGGAAUAUAUCCAGGAGGUGUUCGACCUGGAGUAGUGACACCAGGUGGCGAUGGAACAUAUCCAGGAGGUGUUCGACCUGGAGUAGUGAUACCAGGUGGCGAUGGAACAUACCCAGGAGGUGUUCGACCUGGUGUAGUGACACCAGGUGGCGAUGGAACAUAUCCGGGCAGUGUUCGUCCCGGUGUGGUAAUACCAAGUGGCGAUGGAACAUAUCCCGGAGGUGUUCAACCUGGAGGAGUAGUAUUACCUGGCACUACAACGACCGGAAUUGGGACAGGCAUUCAACCUGGUGUUCAACCGGGACAAAUUACUUUUCCUUCUAGUAGUGUUAUCACUUCAGUAACGACAGGUGCGACGGUUACGGGUACUGGAACUUACCCAGGUGGUAUUACACCUGGAACAGGCCGGCCAGGCGGAAUAUAUCCGGGAGGCAUCUUACCAGUCGGAACAGGUGAAAUUUAUCCCGGAACUGGGAUCCGUCCCGGUACUGUUCAACCGGGAACCGUCUCAGGAACGUAUCCUGGUGGCAUUGUUCCGGGAGGAGUAACAGGUCAAGGAGUUUACCCUAGUGGCGCGCCUUACCCUGGAGGAGCUGGAACUGGUGUCGUACCAGGCGGAGGUGUCACUUAUCCAGUAGGAUCCGGAAGCCUGACUCCUGGCAUGGUUACGACCACAGGUUCGGUAUCUGGUGCUGGUACGCAAGUGAUAAGUUAUCCAGGCGGCCGGCCAACGGACGGUCAAGUGAUUUAUCCGGCCACUGGAGGUGUUAUUCAACCUGGUAGGAUUCCUGACGGGACAAGCGGUACCCAAGUCACGUAUCCAGGUACGGGCACGUAUCCUGGAGGUGGUACCGUGCCAACUACUUAUCCCGGAAGCGGUCAACCUCAAGUCGUGUACCCUAGUGGCACGCAGCAAGUUAUACCUUCUACUGGCGCCCUCUACCCUGGUCAGCAAAUUUAUCCCGGCGACGGUAGGCAAGUAACGACAUACCCAGGCGGACCGUAUCCGGGCACAGGCAUAGGGAUUCCGGGAACAGGCGUUCCAGGAGGUAUUCAGUAUCCAAUCGACACAACGGGAGGUCCAACGACAACGAUUGGUGGGACAGGAGUCGGCGGACGGUAUCCUCCUGGUCAAUAUCCAAGCGGAGUCGGCGGUCAAGUAGUGGGUGCGCCUUACCCAGGAGUAGUGGCACCUGGUGCCGAUGGAACAUACCCGGGAGGCGUUCGUCCUGGAGUAGCGGCACCAGGUGGCGAUGGAACAUACCCGGGAGGCGUUCGUCCUGGAGUAGCGGCACCAGGUGGCGAUGGAACAUACCCGGGAGGCGUUCGUCCUGGAGUAGCGGCACCAGGUGGCGAUGGAACAUACCCGGGAGGCGUUCGUCCUGGAGUAGCGGCACCAGGUGGCGAUGGAACAUACCCGGGAGGCGUUCGUCCUGGAGUAGCGGCACCAGGUGGCGAUGGAACAUACCCGGGAGGCGUUCGUCCUGGAGUAGCGGCACCAGGUGGCGAUGGAACAUACCCGGGAGGCGUUCGUCCUGGAGUAGCGGCACCAGGUGGCGAUGGAACAUACCCGGGAGGCGUUCGUCCUGGAGUAGCGGCACCAGGUGGCGAUGGAACAUACCCGGGAGGCGUUCGUCCUGGAGUAGCGGCACCAGGUGGCGAUGGAACAUACCCGGGAGGCGUUCGUCCUGGAGUAGCGGCACCAGGUGGCGAUGGAACAUACCCGGGAGGCGUUCGUCCUGGAGUAGCGGCACCAGGUGGCGAUGGAACAUACCCGGGAGGCGUUCGUCCUGGAGUAGCGGCACCAGGUGGCGAUGGAACAUACCCGGGAGGCGUUCGUCCUGGAGUAGUGACACCAGGUGGCGAUGGAACAUACCCAGGAGGUGUUCGUCCUGGAGCAGUGGCACCAGGUGGGGUCGGUACUGAGACAGGUAUCGGCGGGACUUUACAGUACACGCAAAUUGGAGCUGGCAGACCGACCGGUGUGGCGGAUGAAGAUGCCGAGUCGCAGGCUUCAAGUUCCGUACAGCAAAAAGGCUCGGGUACACAAGCGAGCGCUUCGGCCCAGGGUAGGUACGGCCAGGGCACGGCUCAGUCGCAAGUUACGGGCACCUACAGCGGCUCUGGCACUUUUUCCGCCCAGGCUGGCAGCAAUGACGCCAACAAAAGCGCCCAGGCUGAGAUCAGUGGUGGUGAAGACGGUACCGGCAGCAAUGCCCAAGGCGUGGCUGGUUACGGGAAGAGUCAAACGCAGGUCCAGCUGAAUCCAGACUCCGGUGCUACCUUGACAGGUGCCCAGAGCAGCGGCUGGAACCACGGCACCAAUUCUCAGGUGCAGGCGAAUUCGAAGGGUGGGAUGGCGGACGCCCAGGCUAACGGCGAGGGUAGCACGUCCAGUCAGGCGCAGAUCGGCUUCCAGCCGUAUAUGGGGACCGACGAGAAGGUGGAGCAACACGCGUCGCCGUUCCGUGGCAGCGGCACGGCGUCGGCUCAAAGCGGCACUCACAGGGGCCAAUCUCAGUCGCAGCUGCAGGGCUCCUUUCAAUACGGAAUCACCUACACCGGUGCUGCGCAGGCCGGCUCCGGCUCCGGCGCCGCGUCCUCCCGGAAGCCUUUCAGUUUCAACGAGACGGAGCUCUUCAAACCGUUCCAGCCUCUGAGAGAACCGGCGAACACCGGUAAUCAAGCUCAGUCAAGCCCACCAGCUGCCGGUUCAGACCACGAGAAUAGGCAGGGCGAACAGGGUCUGCAAAGCAGCUCGAGCUCGCGACAGACCGUCGUUAUGGGCGUCAGGAACAACAAUCCAGAGGACUCCGCUGACAAGAAAGUGCUGGCUACGGAGAAACCGCGAGCGGACGACACGAUGUACGACGAGUACGACGACGAGUACGCGGACGAGUACUACGACAGCAGCAGCACGUCGACGACGACAAACCCGGUGAACAGCGGCGUGAGAGCCUUCACGCGCGGCAAAGUGAAAACCGCUCAGCGACAAAAUCAGCAGACGCAGGUGACGCAGGUGAUCAAAGGGGAGCGGUACGACGUUCGCGUCAGCCAAGACUCCAAUUCACCUCGAACGGGCGACGUCCUGCAGCCGGGGCAAUCCUUGAUGGGAUACACGGUGCCGGCCGGAUUCCGCGGCAGAGUGAUGUCGAUCUCGGGCACCGAGACCGUCGCCCAAGGCGACGGUAAGUCACAGUCGCAGACCGUGACUCUGCUGCCGAGGAAUUCCACCAGCGCCGUCAACAAGCCGUCAGCAGCCACGGAGACCAGGUCGCUUCAGACCAAUCAUGAACGUCACGUCGAUCGUAAGGCCGGCCCGUCUUCCGGGCAAGGUGCAACUUCCGAUAAGCGCACGAGACCCGUCCCGACUUCCGUGGCUAUGAAACCGAGUUACUACACCGUGAGCAACAGCGUCGCCGGCAAGAUAAACGGCAGCAGAGCGCAGAGACAGUACGAGCAUCGUUAUUACACCAAGAGUUCCACCUGCGGCUACUUCACGUUCUCCUGCAACGUCGUGUACGGCUCGAACGGCAGGACGAAGAUCUGCAAGCCGAAAGCACCGACGUAUCCCGACGGCACGCCCAUGAGAUGUUGAGCGAGCUUGAGGGAGACGAUCAUUAUUCUCACGCAUAAUCGCUUCCGCAGAGCAUCUUGUCUCGUCGUACAUCGACUCGCUCGAGUGUAGAAACAAUUGAUUGCUUUCGCGCGCGCACCGCAUUCAUGCAUUUUAAAUUCAAACGACACAUUCCACCCGGCAGCUUAACGCCAUUCGCACACGUGAACACGAAGAUAAAUACGAAACGGGAAGGCCCAGUCUUAUGGAUCGGAGUUUGAUCGAACUUCGGAUCCAUAAAAUCGGGGACUCGCCGCAUGUGUAUACUUUGAUACAUUGUAAUGUUUUUUAUUGAGGUAUUUGAAAAAUUAUCGACUGUAUAGUGAACAUGUUGCUAUAUCAAUCGCUGCUAUUUAUUAUUAAGUUUCUGUCAAUAAAAUACACUUUAUUUUAGAAGCAGAGAAAUUUGCCUUUCAUCCUUUCUUCUUGUUUAGUUAGGAAAGAUAAUUAACUGUAAUAAUUCGAUUUGUCGUAGAUCAUUUGUGAAGGGUUCGCUCGAGUGUUCUCUAUUCACGCCGCAGUGUAACAUCCGCAUAAUAUGGUUGCGGAGACCCGCGCGUAGAUAGAUUAUUAUUGUUCUCUGGUGCUUUAUAUAGAUAUUGACAUAAAAAGUCCAGUUAUAAAUAUAUCAAGUAUCGUAUCUUAUACAUUCUACAUUUUGCUACUCGUUUUCGCCAGUCUUCCUCCCGAUGACAAAACGUGAUUUCAUUAUAUAUAUAU